AUGCCGAACCUGGUGCACCACGUGCACGGCAAGAAGCGCGUGCGCGUCGCCCGCACGUGGCGCGAGGGUUCCAUGCACCACUUCGUCGAGUGGAACGUCGAGGUCGUCAUCGAGUCCGCCAUGGCGCACGCGUACAAGACCCCGUCCAACGAGGGCAUGACCACCACCGACACCACCAAGAACCAGUGCUACGUGGUGGCGAAGGCGAUGCAGAAGCGGUGCUCGCCGGAGGAGUACGCGCUGGCGCUGGGCAAGCAGUUCGUUGACUCGUACCCGCUGAUAUCCGCGGUGGAGGUGCGCGUGGAGCAGGCGCCGUGGCGGCGCACCAGGGUCCACGGAGCCGAUCACGAUCACGGCUACACGUUCACCGCGCCGUGCCUUCGAGUGUGCGCCGCGGUGGUCUCGCGGACGAAGCCGCCGGCGGUGCGGAGCGGCAUGAGACACCUCAGGGUGCUGAAGACCACGCAGAGUGGGUACGAGGGAUUCCUGGUGGACAAGCACACCGCGUUGAAGGACACGCGCGAGCGCAUCUUCGCCACCGCGGUGGACGUCGACUGGACCUGGUCCAAGCCGCCGGGGUGCUACGACAACGCUUACACAGCUGUGUACGACGCCCUCGCCGAGAACUUUUUCGGCCCCCCGCGCGGCGGGGUGUACUCGCCGAGCGUGCAGUACACGCUGUACCAGAUGGGCUCCGCCGCGGUGGAGAGGGUGGACGGUUUGGAGCAGAUCACGCUCACCGCGCCCAACUUGCACUUUGUUCCCGCCAACCCGCCCGGCGCCGCGCCGUUCGCGGACGAUGUGUACGUCGCCACGUCGGAGCCGCACGGGCAGAUCUCGUGCACGGUGAGCGCCAAGCACGGGUUCGCGCCCCUCGCCAAGCUGUGA